AGCUGUGUGUUUCUGUUUCUGUAGAGAGAUGGGAUGAGGAACAGUAAAACAAUAACAGAGGAGAUGGAGAGCGAGGUGGAGGUAACGCUGGAACUCGGGCCGUUUGGAAACUUUAAAUGGACUGAUGCCAACACAGCAGAUCUUAUUGUGUGGCGGGUCAGCAAUAGGAACUUAUUUACUGGCAAGAGGAACACGGCCCUGCGAGCUUUCGAGCAGUUUGUCAGGGAAAAGGAGCUGGAGGGUAAGGUGGCGCCGACAUGGGUGAAAAAGAAAUGGGAGAAUCUGAGACAGAAGUAUAAGGACAUCAAAAGCCUCUCCUCGUUUGGGGGAGACUCAUCCGCUGCUCCAUGGAAAUGGUUUGCAAUCAUGGAUCAGGCUCUGAGCGAAGAGAUCCCGCUCACUCCUUCCAUUCUGACCAGCCCCUCCACUGCCCCCUCCACCCCCUUCACCUCGGCUGUUCUGGUGUCCUCCUCGGCUCAAGAGUCUCCGCCCGUGAAGAGGAGGAGGGAGCAGUACUGGCUGAUGGCUCUGCAGGAGCUGGAGAGGAGGCAGGAGGAGCGAGAGCGGCGAGAGGCUGAGAGAGAGGAGGAGAGGGAGAGGAGGGCGGCGGAGAGAGAGGAUGAGCGCGAGAGGAGGGCGGUGGAGAGAGAGGAGGAGAGGGAGAAGCAGGCGCUGGCGAGAGAGAGGAGGAGAGAGCAGGAGAUGACAGAGAAACAGGAGCGAUGGGAGAGGGAGCUGCUGGCCAGAGAGGAGAGGAGGGAGAAGGAGUACAGAGAAAGAGAGGAACGGAGGGAUAAAGAAGCUGCAGCGAGGGAAGACAGGCUCUUUAAACUGCUGGAGGCCUUUGUGGCUAAAAAGUCAGAUUAAUAGUGUUUCAUCUUCACAUCCAAGAACUGUUAUCUUUCUACUAAUAAAUGUUGCCCUGUUUUUGUA